AUGUCAUUCUCUCUCCUACGAUCCCGUGGGCUCAGAGCCGCAACUCGAUCAGCGGGUAUCCGACCAGUUCGAUCUACAAUCCCAUCGUUGAGGUAUCUUCAAACCGAUGCGGACAAGUCAUCACCCGCCGAGAGCUUGCCCGAAGCUGGAGAUAAACCAUUCACCGUUACACUGCACGAAGAAUCUUUCCACACCUACCGAUGCGAAACUCCCACCAACGAGAUUUCCACCACAAAGGAUGAGCUUGUGAAGAUGUACACUACCAUGGUUCAAAUGAGAAGAAUGGAGCAAGCCGCCGAUGCUUUGUACAAACAAAAGUUGAUUAGAGGUUUCUGUCAUUUGGCUAUUGGACAAGAAGCUGUCUCAGUCGGUAUGGAGUAUGCUAUCGAUGGUGAAGAUAGAGUCAUCACUUCUUAUCGAUGUCACACCUUCGCCGUGUUGCGAGGUGGUACCGUCAAGGGUGUAAUCGCAGAGUUGAUGGGUCGAGUUGAUGGUAUGUCUUACGGAAAAGGUGGUUCUAUGCACAUCUUCACUCCUUCCUUCUUCGGUGGAAACGGUAUUGUCGGUGCUCAAGUCCCCGUUGGAGCCGGUAUCGCUCUUGCUCAAAAAUACUUGAAAAAGAAGACCGCUACUUUUGCUCUUUACGGUGAUGGUGCUUCUAAUCAAGGCCAAGUGUUCGAGUCUUAUAACAUGGCUAAACUUUGGAACCUCCCUUGCGUCUUCGUUUGUGAGAACAACAAAUACGGUAUGGGUACAUCCGCCGAGAGAUCUUCUCAAAACACCGAGUUCUUCACUCGAGGUGACAAAAUCCCUGGUAUCCAAGUUAACGGUAUGGAUAUCCUCGCUGUCAAGAAAGCUACUGCGUGGGCCAAAGAUUGGGUCACAUCUGGAAAAGGUCCUUUAGUAAUGGAGUUUGUAACCUAUCGAUACGGUGGUCACUCCAUGUCCGACCCUGGAACAACUUACCGAACUAGAGAUGAAGUACAACAAAUGCGAUCUGAGAAAGAUGCUAUCGCUGGAUUGAAGAGAUACAUCUUGGAAUGGGGAGUCACCGAUGAGGCUAGCUUGAAGGCUAUUGACAAGAAGGCAAAGGAGGAAGUUGACCAAGCUGUCGAAGAGGCUAAACAAUCACCCUUCCCUGAUGAGAAGACUUUCUGGACCGACAUCUACUACAAAGGUACCGAACCACCUUCCAUGCGUGGACGAGAAAAAGAGGAAGUCCACAUCUACAACCAGAACUAG